AUGAUGAAAGGAUAUCGCUGGGGUCUCAACCCCCAUAUCCUCAAGAUCCUCUAUAACACCGUCACCGAGAAGAUCGUGACAUAUGGAGCAGCUGUCUGGGCCUUAUCGAUGCAGGGCAGAAAAGUAAAGCAUUUGCAAAGCAUCCAACGGCCGUUUUUAUUAAAUAUCACGAGAGCAUUUAGAACUUCCCCGACCAAUGCACUUGCAGUCCUGGCUGGCAUACUACCCUUGUCCAUUAGUGUCGAGAAGGAAGCUACGUACCAGAUAGUCAAGCAACUCGGCCAAACAACGCAAUUUGGGGAAGAGGUGUUUACUGCAGAUAACCUCGAAAAAGCAGUCAUCAGCCUUGACAGGCACCCGUCUUUGCAAGGACGGGGUGUUAAUGUCAACCUAAAGCAGACUACAAGAUCCACGAACAUAGAUGUUACCUAUUAUACGGAUGGAUCUAAAAUAGACGACAGUGUGGGCUGUACAUAUGCAGCACUUAAAGAGGGUAGAAUAGUAUGCCAAUGGAAGGGGCAUUUGGAAGCGCACAAUAGUGUGUUCCAAAGCGAGGCCACAGCUAUAAGCUAUGCACUGCAAGCGAUAAUUCAGCAGAGGCUAUACAAUAGUUACAUAAUAACAGACAGCCUGUCUACGUUAUACGCCAUACUUAACCCCACCCACAGUUCUCCAAUAAUAGCAGCUAUUCAGGAAUACCUCCGUGCUCAUAAAGAAUUAAAAAUUAAUCUAGAAUGGACGAAAGCCCAUAUCGGGAAUCAUGGUAAUGAGACUGCAGAUCAGCUUGCAAAAGAAGCAGCCCAUAACGUCGAAGCAGUCCCAGUACAAAUCCCAUGGCCGGUUUCUCAUUUAAAACGGAAUCUGCGCGCCACAGCUCUAGCAGUCUGGCAGGCUGCGUGGGACAACGAAGACACAGGCCGCCGAGCGCAUACAUUUCUGCCUAAAGUAGAUAAAGAACUACUGGUUACACGGCCACAAAUGGCAUACUACAUCACAGGGCAUGGGCCCUUUCCAGUAUAUUUCGAGAGAUUUGGAAUCUCCAAUUCAGAUCAGUGCUGCUGCGGCGAUCUGGGCACAGCAGAACACUACGUUCUUAAAUGUCCUCUCACGGAAGGAAUGCACAUUCCGUUCCCGCAAACGAACAGGGAGGCAUUCAACAAAUUUAUAAUCAAGCAACGACACCAGACCAACAAAAUCACACAUAUAGUAGAUAAGCUAAUGGACAUAGGUCCAGACUUAUACCAUGUGUAA